AUGCAUCUGUAUAGGAUUGCACUCGCAUUCACAAGCCUGAUGUCGGCCGUUUCAGCAAUCACGGUCAAGUCUACCAAGCAGUGGACAAUUGGUACCGAUGUUCAAGGCUCCGAACGACUCAAUGGCGUGAGCUAUCAAGAAGAUGCUCUCAUUACAUACGGAGACUAUCAAUAUGUCACCUUCUAUGAAACUGCGCCGGCGGGAUAUCUCAACCAUUUCGUCAAGGUGGGACGCAGAAAGGUUUCGCCUAGUGUCGGAGACUGGGAGUUUGUUACUCUUGAUGACUAUACCCAGAAGACGAUGGAUGGCCAUAACAUGAUCUCUAUGGGUAUUUCUGGGGAUGGAAAGAUUCACCUCAGCUUUGAUCAUCACGAUGUACCGAUCAAUUACCGCAUCUCGAAAACCGGUAUCGCAAAGAAUGUUCCCUCGCAAUGGACCUCAGAUCUCUUCGGUCCUGUCGUCCAUGAGCUUGUCGGGUCUCAAGGGCCAUACUCGCCACUGACAUAUCCGCGAUUCGAGCCUCUGAGUAACGGCGACCUUCUAUUGGAAUUCAGAAUUGGACAAUCUGGAUCAGGCGAUAGCUACAUCCAUCGCUACAGCGUUUCCACUGGCAAAUGGCAGGCCUAUGGAAUGUACAUCCAAGGUGACGACAAUAAUGCGUACAUCAACGGGUUGGAUUACCUGGAUGGAAAGUUGUACACUUCUUGGACCGUCAGAGAAACACCUAAUGCUGAUACCAAUCAUGGUGUCUAUUUUGCCUACUCGAAUGACGAUGGCAAGUCAUGGUUCAACACGAAUGGUACCAAGCUGGUGAAACCUAUCUCAACAUCUGAUGAAAGCACUAUGAUCUGGAAUGUUCCUCAAAAUAGUCGCAUGGUCAACCAAGAGGGACAGCUCAUCGACACCAAGGGCAGGUUCCAUAUCCUGAUGAGAGACCUGCUGUCCGGCGAACAUCAGUACCAGCACUAUCUCCGAAAGACUGACGGAACAUGGACCAAGAAUGCCAUCAACCCCGCUGGUCUCAAUGGGCCUGACUUGUACGACCCCAGAGGCAAACUUGCGGGCGACGCGAGCGGAGAGUACUUAUUCGGUAUUCUCCCUGAUCCCGUGAAGCAAUCAACAGGUAUUUACGUGGCUACCGCAUCAAAGGAUUUCAAGGAUUGGAAGAGCCUAGCUGAGAUACCGAAUACUUCGACUGAACCCCUCUUUGAUAAGACGAGACUUCAUGAAUCGGGAAUUUUGAGCGUGUUUGUGAGACAAGCGGGAGGUUUUCCUGAUCGUAAGUUGCAAGUAUGGGAUUUCGAGCUUGACUUAUAG